CCGUCCUCUCAAAGCACUCGCCGGGGCCUGUCGAAGAGAUCCCCCAGCACGUUAUUUUUCGUCUGGCGAUCAUGUCGCAUGAAGUUGGCAUCACGGCGCAUGAGCGCGUAUGGUGGAAAGAUGCAUGCAUCUAUCAAGUCUACCCGGCCAGCUUCAAGGACUCUAAUGGGGACGGUUGGGGAGAUAUUCACGGUCUGAUAUCCAAGCUGGACUACCUGGAGGAGCUUGGAGUCGACGUCGUCUGGCUAUCGCCAAUGUUCGAGAGCCCACAGGUAGACAUGGGAUAUGACAUUUCUGAUUACGAAGCAGUCUAUGCGCCCUAUGGCACUGUCGAAGAUGUCGAGAAGUUGGUAAAAGGCUGCCACGAACGGAACAUGAAGCUCAUUCUAGACCUCGUGGUCAAUCAUACCUCGGUUGAGCAUGCAUGGUUCAAGGAAUCGAGAUCGUCGAAAGACAACCCAAAAAGAGACUGCUAUUUCGCUGGCGGCACUUGGACUUGGGACGAGCAUACCCAAGAGUACUAUCUUCAUCUCUACGCACCAGAACAGCCGGACCUUAACUGGGACAACGAAGAGUGCCGCAAAGCUAUUUAUCAGAGCGCUAUGCGAUUCUGGCUAGACAAAGGCAUAGACGGUUUCAGGGUCGAUACUGUGAACAAGUACAGCAAAGUUCUUCCCUUUGUGGAUGCGCCCAUCACAGACCCAAACAAUUACUUCCAAGCAGCGCCGCAGUUCUGGUGCAAUGGCCCGAGGAUCCACGAGUUUUGCAAGGAGAUGAAGCGGGAGGUGCUGGAUAAGUAUCAGACCUUCGAUCAUGGGCCGCUCGUGACGGUCGGGGAGCUUUCCCUUACCCCGGACCCGGAAGGUGUUCUGGAGUAUGUCUCGACCGCGGCGCGGGAGCUCAGCAUGGUUUUCCAAUUCGACUUCACCCAUCUCGGCCAGGGAAAUGGGUUUGAUGGGAAAUAUGACUACGAACCCUGGAGACUUUCAGAAAUGAAAAGGAUUGUCGAGAAAUGGCAGACGUUUAUCGAGAACACGGAUGGGUGGACGACCGUGUUCAACGAAAACCACGACAACGGCCGCAGCAUCUCCCGGUUUGGAAAUGACAGCCCCGAGUGGCGUGAGAAAUCUGCAAAGAUGUUGGCGUUGAGUCUCAUUGGCCAAACUGGCACACUGUUCCUUUACCAAGGCCAAGAAAUAGGGAUGAUCAAUGCGCCGAGGGAGUGGCCGAUCGACGAGUACAAAGACGUGGAAGCGGCGGGCCACUACGCAGAAGCCGUGAGACUGUCUGAUUCAGGAGCCGACCCAACAAGAAAGGAUCGAAUUAUGAAGGGCCUGCAAAUAAUGGCCCGCGACCAUGCUCGGCUGCCGAUGCAGUGGGAUGCAACGCCGCAUGGCGGCUUCACAAUGCCAGCUGCGACGCCCUGGAUGCGCGCCCAUGACUGUUGCCCGGAGGUCAACGUUGAAAAGCAGAGAGGCGACGCUAACAGUGUCCUGAGCUUUUACAAAAAGGCACUGGCGCUUCGGAAAGAGCACCGAGACGUUCUCAUCUACGGCUCGUUCGAGCUACUCGAGCCUGACAACAAUGAGACAUUCAUCUACCGCAAGAGAUACGGUGAGAAGGUGGCAGUUAUAGCCCUGAACUAUACAGACUCUGUACAACCAUUUGGGAUAAAUCGGAAGGACAGCGAGGCUAUGAAACUGGUACUGAGUACAUAUGAAGAGCCGGAGGAGCAGAAAUUGCAACCCUAUGAGGGUCAAAUGUAUUUGAGCUAUUGGCUGGAGAAGGUAUAG